UCAUAUUGUAUUUAUAUGUCCAAAACGAAUUGUCCGAAAGGUAUGAGUUCUGGGUUUGUUCAAUGGGACGAUGAAGAUGAUGAAAAUUCGAAUAAAAAAGGAGGACAAUUACCUCACGGCACGUAUAAUGACGACACUGUCAUUCAUUACUGUUGUCAAACUGAUGGCAAAUGGUAUGAACCCAUAGAGUUGCCUGUUACCCAACCUUUCUAUUUGUUGACAUCUAAUUCAUUGACAUCACCCAGAUGUCAAAUGGUGAAGUGGGCAACAAGUGAGAUGGAGUAUAUAUCAUUUAACACCAAAGAUGAUGACAAUAUUGAUGAUUUUCAUGAGAAACACGUGUUCGUGAAUACUUCAGCUGGGCUAAGUCUCAGAAAACUGUAUUUUUGUUACUAUAAAGACUGUCGUUGUUCAUUCAAUGGACCUACUGGCUCAAUAUCUUCGAACAAUACAACCAAUCAUGAAAGAGACUUAUGCCGUCGGUGUUGCUCAUGGCAGAUAACCGUGGCAGAAACAUUUACUAUAACCCUAACAUUCUCAAUACUGACUAUACCUCAAUGCAAGUAUUCAAUUCUCACUGUUUACAAUGGUCCGAAUGAUACUUCGCCUGUACUUGAUUGUUAUUGUGGAGAAAAUGCGACUACAGGAGUGAAAAUACGAUCCUCAAAAUGUAUAAAGGCGAAAGCAUGGGGUGGUCAUCAAAACGAGGACAGAAUUUUUAAUCUAUUAAAAUUUUCUCGAGUUCUGCCAUGUUGAGUGGGAUGACGUCAAUAACAAAGAGGAAUACUGAAUCACAGAG